AAAUCUCUCUCUCUCUCUCUCUCUCUCUCUCUCUCUCUCUCUCUCUCUGGCAUCUCCACUGCUGGAUUAAUUAGAUCAUCCAUACCUUUUCGUAAGAAGCCACUGCCCUCUAUCUCUCGGUCAGGCUGCUUUUUCACGAGCAGUGCCUGAAAAGAAAAGCUAGGGUUUCGCCGGAUUCGCGUGGUCUGCUUUUAAUAGGGCUAUGGAGGAUGUCUGACUUGUCGGCAUUCACCCGAAGUACUGUCUUUCCAGGCCCUUGCUGUGUCGCCGGUCGACUCGCCGGAGAAUGCUAAUCUCUGUUUGGAGCUCCGGUGGGUGCUGAAAAGGGAAGGGAGAGCCGGACGUAUUCGUAGCAUGUGUAGUAGUUAUCGCUGCGUCGGGGUUGUGGAGGUGUUGCUAUACUAUCGGGACUGAUAUGGGGAUUCGAUCACUGCUGCAAGGGAAUGGGUUAGCUUCGUAGAAAUUUUUGUUUUGGAUUUGGAUUUAUCUGCUUGAAUUGUUGGAGCUGUUUUGUCAGUUUGUUGGAUGGUUGGUUUGAUAGUUGAUCGGAUUUGGUGGAUAUUUGAUUGGUUUUUCCUGUUUCUUGUGACUCGGUUAUAUUAAACUACCCAGGAAUCAAGGUAGGUAUUGGCUUUCUAUUUCCUGCGCUGAAAGCUCCGAUACUAUUACUUGAAGGAGUGCUUUUUGAGCUACCUAUGAUGGAAAUGUUAUCAGUUUAUUUGUUUUCGUGGAAAGGGGGUUUCUUUCGAUUAGUUUGAGUUUCUGUUGGUGUGGCUAAAGUUACAUAUAUGGGGGACAUUGGGCUGUUCAGGCAAGGAUGGAAGUGCUUGGAAUCUCAGAAGCAGGCUUUUGAGGGAACACAAGUUGCUCUGGGCUGCAUAAGGGACAGGCUUGUCUUUCUAAUUGAUCGGCAUUGGCCACUGGUGUGUAGAUGGAGUUUGAACCUGGGGAAAUUUAUGUUGAAGCUGAUUUGGCUAUGGAGAGAUUGUAUUGUUAGGGGCUUUACAUCGCUGAUUGCUCUUGGUUCAGCAGCACUCUUUGUGAUUUUUUGGAGUUCCUUUCUUAGCUUGGCAUCAACAGUUUGCCUUCUUUAUGUGCUUCUGAGCCUGGGAGCUGCUGGAGCCUCUAUUUACUUUCUGGGUUACACCCCUGGGCUCUUUAUGGUUGGUUUGUUUGGCAUUAUGAUCAUGUGGAAAUACAGUAACUUUUGGACCGCAGGUGUGCUGAUAAUAGUCGGAGGUUAUGCUUUCUCCUUAAGUCGUGCACGGGGUCUUGUAUUCAUUUCAGUUGCAUAUGCUUUGUACUUUGUCCAUGCUCAUGUUGGAUGGGCUGGGAUCUUCCUUUCCAUGAAUCUCUCCUUUAUUUCUAAUGAUCUUCUGAUUAAGUUACUCCAAGGAUACGAUUGUGCCACUGAAGGCACAAGUUUUGAGGAACAAAAGGCAUCCGAACCACUCGUAGAAGAUUAUCCUAGCGAAUUUGAAUUUUUUUCUCAUACAUCAGAGGCUAGUAAUGUGGCUUCAAGCAAAUCAACUGUAAAAAAUUCUGUUACAUCAAGUUUACUAGGUGUCCAGAAAGAUGCUUCUUCAAGUAAAGUUGUAAAAACUGAUUCGGUUUCAAAUGAUGAAAUGAAGAGGAUAAUGAAUAGUUCAACUCAUUAUGAAGCCUUGGGAUUCCCCCGCAGGAAUAGUAUUGAUCCCAUUGUGUUAAAAAAGGAAUACUACAAAAAGGCUAUGCUUGUGCAUCCGGACAAGAAUAUGGGAAAGCCAUUAGCAAGUGAAUCAUUCAAGAAGCUACAGUGUGCUUAUGAGGUUCUUUCAGAUUUUACAAAGAAGAAAAAUUAUGAUGAGCAAUUGAGGAAAGAAGAGUCUGGUAGAGUGGUUCAACGAUCUUGCAGCUCCUCUAGACAGGAUGGUGUUGAUUUUCAUUCGGAAGAGUCCAGGCGCAUAGACUGCACAAAAUGUGGGCACUCGCAUAUUUGGAUUUGCAUCAAAAGAAGUAAAUCCAGUGCUAGGUGGUGCCAGGACUGUUCUCAGUAUCAUCAAGCUAAAGAUGGCGAUGGAUGGGUGGAAUAUAGGCUAUCUUCUAUCUUCUCAGCUUCCCAAAAGGUCGAAAUACCCCGUGCCUUUGUCUGUGCUGAGAGCAAGAUAUUUGACGUGUCUGAAUGGGCUAGUUGCCAGGGAAUGGCAUGCAAGCCUAACACGCACAGACCAAGCUUCCAUGUAAACAUGGUGGGUUUGGACAAGUCGACGCAAAGAUCCAAUUCGUCGCGAUACCCUUGGGGCCUUGAUGCUGAGAUGGUACCCGAAGACGAUGAAUUUGAGCUGUGGCUGCAGCAGGCCUUAGCAUCUGGACUCUUCUCUGACAGUCCAAAGCGCAGAAAAAGCUGGAGCCCUUUCAAAAUGCCUCAAAAGGGCAUCAAACCAUGGCGAAAAUCUCCAUAGGAAACCAGUGAGAAACCCUAAACAAUGAGAAAUGCAUUUAUUGAUGCUACGACUGCCAUCAUUAAGAACCAAAAGGGAUGACAUAUCAUGAAAUCACGCAUGGAUCCAAUUACAGUUCAACAACGUUCAUUUACAAAAUCUGUGUGGCAAUUUUCAGAUAUUGGAAAUGGGCAUAUUUUCCUUCCCAGACAAGAAAUAAAAAUGCACUUGCGUAGAAGCAUUUCUUGCCUCAUACUUCCUAUCUUCUGUUCAUCAUUCCAUUCUAGUUCAGCAGCUCUCUCGUUGUGUUGAAGAUCAAGCAAUGUGGCCUACGAUGAUGAGGUAAGGGCUCUCAAUCUCUCAAGAGACAACAAUAUUGAGGCUUGAAUAGUAGCCCCCCCUAUAUGUACAUAGAUGAAGGAAUUCCUUUCUUUCGGCCUGAAGUGCUUCUCAUACUAAUAUUGCACACUAAGGGUUUCGUUUGGGAUGAUUUUUUUACUGCUUCUUAAAGCAAAUUUUUAGUACAAAAAUUUUCAAGUCGUCCCAAUCGAAGCCUUAGUUUCAGAAAUGCACCUGAACUGAAGGUUAAAUCUGCUGGAACCUUGUGCUCAACAAUAAUCUCGUUUGAUCAGUGUAAAUGAAUGCAUUUGUGCACUUGUUCGAAUCAAAUUGCUAUCGUUUUCUCAUUCGUUGA